AUCAGAAAUGCAUGCUAGUCUUGCCUACAUGGGCAUGUCAGCUUAUUUUGACAAUAAUAAAGUUGGUAGAAAAGGUUUUGCCAAGUACUUUUUGGAAAAUUCUAAAGAAGAAAGAGAACAUGCUCAAAAACUGAUUGAUUACGUCAAUAGACGAGGUGGCCAAAUUGGUGUGUUUAACAUCAAGAUGCCAUCUAAUUAUACUUGGAGAAGUGGUUUGGAUGCAAUGGAAGAGGCCUUGAGAUUGGAAGAAUCUGUAAAUAACAAAUUACAUCAUUUGCAUGGUUUAGCAGAGAGACCUUGCAAAGAUCCACAUUUGAUGGACUUUUUGGAAAAUGAAUAUUUGACUGAACAGGUGGAGUCUAUCGACGAAAUAAACACUUACGUCACAAAGUUGAGACGCAUGGACAGUGGAAUGGGAGAAUAUUUGAUAGAUCGUGAACUUUCUGGUGAAAAGAUGGAACUGUAGUUUUUCUCUUCUUGGUGCAUUGUUAGUAUGAUAUAUAUUUAAAAUAAUUCUUUCUCACAAGAUUUAAUAUUUGAAAAUUACUCAAUUUUAUUUUUUGGACAAUUUUUUCUUUACAUUUAGUUUCUUUAUCAUUUAUGUUCAAAAAUAUAUUUUUCUUAAACAUUCCUAUGAUGAGAAAUAUACAGCUCAUUCUUUUCCACCCUAUAUUUUCCAUAAUUCUAUAACAAUUACACAUGUAAUGAAAUACCUUGUAAGGUUUCUUAAUGCAUAUCAGAUAUCAAAAAUAAUUCAAGUCAUUUUAUUCUUAAGUUUUGCCAAAGAUCUAUGUAUUGGUAUUCCUGUAAACAGCAAAACAAGAGUAUAUUAAGUUUAUUUUUUUUUUAUUUAAUUAUGUGAAAAUAUAAACUUUUAAUUCAUAUAAAUCCUCAAGUGUAUAACUCACUCUUUCUCCAUAUAUUUUUAAUUAGCAAACUUUCUAAAAUUUUUAGAUAAAUUGUAGCACAAUGCUCCAUAUACAAUAUUAGAUAGAUAAAAAUGUAUUUGUAAAUGUACAAAUAUAUAUACAUAUAUACACAUAAAUAUAUUUGUUUAAUGCUACUUAUCGUUCACAUAUUUCCUAAUUGCCUUCAUAAAAUUAAAAUAUAAGUGAUGAUAUAAAUUUCAAUCUUCGGUCGUAUAAUUUGUAUCCAUUUUAUAUUUUGAUUCCUUCACUCAUUUGUAAUCUAAAUGUUGCGUUGCCAAUCUUUUUAUUUUAAAAAAUGUAAAACACUACUUAGUAACAAUUUAUUAAAACUGAAAA